CCCCUCCUCCAAACCCUCCCCCUCCCUCCAUUCGCCCUGCCAUCUCCAUUUCUUCGGACCAUAUUUCUCUUCAACCACAUCCACCACCAGAUAUCAGCUGGACCCCAUGGCUCUCUAAGAAAACGACCGAUCUUCCGUUCUAAGCGGAGGAAAUUUCCCUCCACCAUAGGGUCGCGUCGGACUAUGACCGGUUGUAGAGCAAGCGCUGAGAGCUGAUCGUUGGUUUGUGCUUCGGGCCGCGAGCAUGUCGUCAUCAGUGACGCACAUCUACCUGCACGUCAUCCAGGACGUGAUUAAGAACGUUCGCCCCGACUUCCAGAGCGACGGCGUCGACGAGAGCGUCCUCCAGGAGCUGCAGCAGCUAUGGGAGGCCAAGGUGAUGCAGUCCGGCGCAGUCAUCCCCGUCGGCGGCUACGCGCUUCCGCCGCCUGCGCCGGCGCCCGUUGUGGCGGAUGUGGGCGCGGGAGGAGCGGAGGAGGAGCCGCUAGGGGGAGCUGAGGGGGAAGAAGCGGCGGAGGCGGGUGGGGGCGAGGAAGAGGGUGGCGAGGGCGCGGGACACGGAGGAGGGGGAUUCGCGGGGCAUGAUUUGAACAUGCCUUAUAACGGGGAUGGCGGAGAGGCGGAGGACGAACAGGCGCUGUCGCUGGGAGCAUCCCAUGCGUCUUACUCAAGCGGACAUGCCACAUCCAGCCUCGAUGGCCGCCCAUUGCCCUUCAUGCCGCGGCAGGACGCGUGGGAGCAGAAGCCCUUCCUGGUCGACAUGAACGCCGUGCCUGAGGAGGACGCCUGCAACGACGCUGCUGCUGCACACGAGGCCACUCUCGGCCUGCUGCCAUCGGAGCUGAAGCGCAAGCGGGCGGAGGAUGGCCAUGGGGGCGGGUACGAGGAGGGGUACGAGCACCACGGCGACGCGGGAAUGGACGCAGAAGGCGGCGAUUCCAGCCGCCCGCGUCUGACUCCCGAAUACGCCUUCCCCCAGGCCGAUGGGGCCAGUGACAGCAUGCCACGUGGCGGCUCCCAGUGGGCCCACGAUAUGCUGAGUCAGCUGGAGCGGCAGCAUGGGGGUGGAAGAGAGCAGGGGGCGGGGGGAGGAGGGGCGGAGGGGGGCAGUGAGGGGAGCAGAGCGGAUGGUGGAGCGGAUGGUGGAGCGGAUGGUGGAGGUGUUGCAGGGGAGGCGGGGGGACAGGUGCAACAAGAGGGGGAGAGGACGGAUGGGAGGGACGCACAUGGCAGCAGCGGGGGGAGCAGGGGUGGCAGGGGCGGCAGGGGCGGGGGCAGGAGGCAGUGGGUGGUGGAGAGGCGGAGCAUGCGGCAGGUGGAUGGGCACGACGACGAGGAGGAGGAGGGCGACGGGGACGACGCAGACGAGGGGGAGGAGGAGGAGGAGGGAGGGGCAGCAGGGGAGGCGGUGGAGGAGGAAGAGGAGGAGGAUUACAACGACCCUGCAGCGCGCACAGACACAGGCAAGGAGGAGGAGGAGGAGGAGCUGGGCGCAGCGGACGACGACGAGUCGCUGGGGGCGGAGGAUGAUGAUGAUGACGACGAUGAUGGGCGCGGGGUCAUAGGGGCGGACGAGGAGGGGCAGGACGGCAACAUCGUGCUCGCCACCUACGAGAAGGUGACACGGCAGAAGAACCGGUGGAAGUGCGUGCUGCGGCACGGAGUCACGAGCCUGAAUGGUCGCGACAUACUUUUCUUCAAAGCCAAUGGGGAAUUCGAGUUUUAGGCAGGGCCAACUAUGGCCCAUCGAACAAUUACAGAGGACACUAGGGAUUUGGACUUGCUGUUGUGUUGGAUUAGCUGCUGUUGACACUGGGUAAGGAUAUAUGGGCAAUGUAUAAACAAGUCACCCAGAUUACACUUUUAAU